AUGGAGGUUGUUGCUUCUGUUGGCGGAGCUUUACUGUCCGAGUCAUUGAAGCUGCUGAUCGAAAAGCUGGGUUCGCACGACUUUCUCAAGUACUUCCGUCAAGCCCAAGUCGUGGCCGAGCUCAACAGCUGGGCUAGUCUACUGAAGAAGAUCUAUGCAGUGCUUGAUGAUGCCGAGGAGAAGCAGAUGACCAGCCGAUUGGUGAGCAUCUGGGCGACCGAGCUUCGAGAUUUGGCUUACGAUGCAGAGGAUGUGCUUGAUUCCUUUGCUACGGAGCAAUUGCAGAGGAAGAUCAAAGCAGAAACUGCUUCAGCUAGCACAAGUAAGGUUCAGAAACUAAUCUCCACAUGUUUUUCUGCUAUCAAUCCCAGAACCCUUAAGUUCAAUGCUGAAAUGGUGUCAAAGGUUCGAGAAAUUACUGUUAGAUUGCAGAAGAUCAGCGCAGAGAAGAAUCACCUGGAUUUGAAAGAGAUUGUUGGGACUAAGCUACCAACGACAACAGAAAGAUUACCAACGACUUCUCUGGUAAAUGAGAGCAAAGUUUAUGGGAGAGAUGAAGAUUGGCUAGGGAUCUUGGAGCUUUUGAGAGCUAAUCAAACUGAUGUAGAUGUAUCAGUGAUUCCUAUAAUUGGUAUGGGGGGACUUGGCAAGACCACCCUUGCGCAGCUGGUGCUUAGCCGAGCAAAAUCAGAGUUUGAUGUCAUAGCUUGGGUUUCAGUUGGUGAGGACUUUGAUGUCCAUAGGAUAACCAAGACCAUUCUAGGUUCAGAUGGUUCUGGUUGUAAUGAUUUAAAUUCGUUGCAAGAGAAGUUGAAGGAGAAGCUGUCCGGGAAGAAAUUUCUAAUUGUUCUGGAUGAUGUUUGGAAUGAGGACUACCAGAAAUGGGUUCUUUGUCGAGCUCCACUUGAAACUGGAGCUCUUGGAAGCAAAAUACUUGUUACCACUCGUAAUAGUAGUGUUUCAUCGAUCAUGGGUACCUUUCCACCUUAUCUUCUCAAGGAGUUGGCUUUCAAUGAUUGUCUCCAUCUAUUCGCUGAUCAUGCUUUGGGAACAACAGCGUUCACAGCACACUCAUAUCUCGAAGAGAUGGCAAAGGAGAUUGUCAAAAGGUGUCGAGGUUUGCCAUUAGCAAUUAAGGCCCUUGGCGGGAUGUUACGAGGUAAACAGAAUCCCAAGCAAUGGGAAGAAGUGUUGUACAGCAAAAUAUGGGAUUUGCCUGAGACCAAUGGCAUUCUUCCUGCCUUGAGGUUGAGCUAUCAUCACCUUCCUUCGAACCUGAAGCGAUGUUUUGGCUAUUGUGCAAUACUCCCAAAAGACAUGGAAUUUGAGGAAGAUGAGUUGGUGUUACUGUGGCUGGCAGAGGGCUUUCUAGUUCAGCGAAAACAUUCUGAGAAGUCUGCAAAGAACUUGGGCCACAAAUAUUUCCAUGAUCUAUUGUCAAGAUCAUUCUUUCAGCAAGCAAAUGACAACUCAUCUCGGUUCACCAUGCACGACUUGAUGAAUGAUCUAGCAGAGUAUGAGAGCAAAGGGAUAUGCUUGAGGUUGGAUGACAAGUUGGAAGACACUGCGUCAUUCCCAACAGUUCGUUAUUCCUCUUUCAGGCGUCACAAAUAUGACUUAUUACAAAGAUUUGGAGUAUUUGCUAAAUUGAAGAACUUGCGAUCACUCUCAGCAUUGCCAUUUACAACUUAUUCAGAUGACUUCUUAUCCUACAAAGUGCUGCUUGAGUUGGUGCCAAAACUAAAAUAUCUGAGGGUACUUUCAUUAGCUGGUUAUAAAAUGGAAGAGUUACCUGAUGUGGUUUUUACUCUGAAGCAAUUGCGGUACCUUAACUUGUCAGGCACUGACAUUGUCGGCUUGUCUGAACUGGUAGGCGAGCUCUUCAACUUGCAGACUUUAAGAUUACAUGGGUGCCAGAACCUUGUAAAGCUGCCACGAAGUAUUGGCAAUCUGAUCAAUCUACAGUGGCUUGACAACAGCAAUACAGUCAGCUUGCAAGAGCUUCCGGCAGAGGUAGCUAAGUUGACAAAUCUGACUAUUUUGCCUAAGGUUUUGGUAGGGAAGGGCGGGAAGGGGUUUCGGAUAGUGGACUUGAAGAAUUUGUCUCAACUUCAGGGAAAGCUUCACAUACAGGGGUUGUGUAGUAAUUUUAUGAAUAUCCAAGAUGCAGAGGUUGCUGAUUUAAAAGGCAAACAAGAUUUGGAUGAUUUAGGCUUGGAAUGGUGUACUGACUCCCAAUGUUCUCACGAUGAAACAGUUGAGGUAAAGGUCUUGAACUUACUACGGCCUCACUGGAAGCUGAAAAAGCUUUCAAUUAAGUUUUACGGCGGUGUGAAGUUCCCAGUAUGGGUUGGAGAUCCCACAUUUGCUGCUAUGGUGCAUUUGGAGCUCCUGAACUGUCGUAAAAUCAGGUCAGUUCCUCUACUCGGACAGCUAUCCUUGCUUACAACUCUGAGAUUAAGCGGAAUGAAUAAAGUGAAAGAAAUCGGAGGUGAGUUUUAUGGAAAUAAUAUUUGCACUGGUUCAUCUUUACCUUGCGUAUUUCCCGCAUUGGAGACUCUAUGCAUAGAGGAUAUGCCAGAGUGGGAAAAAUGGUCUUGUCCUACUGAAUGUUUCCCAAAGUUGGUUGAGCUGACAAUCGGGAACUGCCCCAAGUUGAUCGGGAAUUUACCGAACUCCUUACCUUGCCUCCAAAGACUCAAUAUUAGAGGGUGCCAACAGAUGGCUGAUUUACCUGAAACUCUUGCUUCUCUUUCAGCAUUGUCUAUUACAGAGUGUAACAAGUUGAUCCUCAGAAAUGGUACUAGUAUGGAGUCCCUUACCACAUUAAGGAUCACGAAGAUUUUGAAGCUGGUAAAUUUGCAAGAAGUGAUGAUACAUGGCUUGGGGGCACUAUCCUUUCUGAAGGAAUUGGGUAUAGAUGACUGUGAAGACCUUAUGUUUCUAGGAGAAGGGCCUCUUCCUUCUAGUCUUGAAUUCUUGCGGCUAAAUCGCUGCCCAAAACUUGAGAAAUUCCCAGAUGUGCUGCACAACCUCACACAUCUAAAAACACUUGAGUUUCAGAAUUGUCAAAAGCUUGUCUCCUUGUCAGAACGAGGCUUGCCAUCCAGUCUUAGUCGUGUUUGGAUUUCAUGCUGUGACUCUUUGAAGUCCUUCCUCAUAAGUAACAUGAACUAUGCAGACAAUAGGAAUGCUGAGAGGCCUUCUCAACUGGAGGAAUUGACAAUCUCUGGAUGUUCAUCUCUAACCAUUUUACCUAGUACAUGUCCAUUUCCUGGUUCCCUGAAGCAUCUUUCAAUUUGUAGCCUCACAACACAAUCUCUUGAAGAUCUACUUCACCAUCCUGUUCUCCCUCUGCUCACUGAACUAUCAAUAACACACAGUCCAGAGUUAGAGAGGUUCCCAGAGAGGGAAUUGCUCGUCCUUCAAACCCUUACACGUCUCCGGUUCUUUUUCUGUGAGAACUUGAGGUCUCUUCCCAAUCAACUGCCACACCUGACCUCUCUUCGACUUCUGGAGAUAAUCCUGUGUGAGAGUCUAGAGUCCUUUCCGGAAGGUGGGUUGCCCUUGAACCUGAUCAUGCUUACUAUCACAAACUGCAAGAGUCUCAAGCAGCCAAUAUCCGAUUGGAAGCUUAACAGGCUUACCUCGCUGAAGCGACUCUCAAUUGUAGGUGAAUGUCCUAGUACUCAGGUGGCUUCCUUCCCAGAUGAUGAAGGGCUGUUGCUCCCCACUUCGCUAACUUUUAUCCACAUUGCACACUUCAGCGAGCUGAAGUCUAUAUCCAAGGGCUUGAUGCACCUCAAUUGUUUAGAGGAGCUGGUGAUUUGGCACUGCCCAAAGCUCCGGUCUUUACCAGAUGAGGGACUUCCACCGUCGCUCGGGUGCCUGAAACUUUACGAGUGUCCUCUUCUGAAGCCAAAAUGUGCAAAGCAAAAAGGAGAGUACUGGCCCAUCAUACACCACAUUCCCUGUGUCGCAAUUGAUACGGGUGAGGCUUAUUCAUAUGGAUGGUCUGAACCUUAG